GUGGGCGUCAGGGCAAGCUGCCAGUGACCGCAUUCGAGGCCUUCGACCUUGAGAUGAAGAGCUGGACGCGGUACCCAUGCAUCCCCAGCCGCAGAGCGUUCUCCUCAUGCACUGCCAGCGACAGGGCGUUUUUCAGCCUGGCGGGGGGUCUUCAGCAGCCUGGACCCCACAACUUUUACUCCAGACCUCACUUCGUCUCCACUGUAGAGGAAUUGAUUUCAGGACAAGGUGUGUGGUUGAAGGCCACGCGGAGCUGUCGCAUGAGAGAGAAGCGGGCGGACUUCGUAGCUGGCUGUCUCGGUGGAUGGGUCAUCGCUGCGGGGGGACUCGGUAACCAGCCGUCCCCGCUGGCGUCAGUGGAGAGUUAUAACCAGCUGAAGAGGAGAUGGGAACCUGUGGCCCCGUUACCCAGCCCUCGCUGCUCCUGUGCCUCCAUUCAGACCCCAAACAUGCUGUUCCUCAUCGGAGGGGUGUCCCAGGGUCCCAGCAAUGCCGUGGAAGCCCUCUGUUUGAAAGAGACCGUCUGACACACACACACACACACAUACACACACUAAUGAACAACUACACAAAUCCUCACAUGCUGUACUUUCCGGAGUGUAAGCUCUGCAAACACACACACACACACGCGCAUACUGACGUCAAGCUGACAUGUGUGUGUCUCUGACAAAUAUUCACAGACUUUUCCCUCAGAGGACGCAUCAGCUUUAUACUUUGAAAAGUGGAGACAAUCUACUGGAGCUUGGACAGCGUUCCACACCUCUGGACAGAAGAGUUUUGGACUGGAGAUCUAAGACAAGCAAAAAAUACUUAAAUAUAUCAUUCAUCUAACUAUACUAAAUAUAGUAAAUAUAUUUAAAUAUAUAUAUAAUAUAUAUAUAUAUAUAUAUAUAUAUAUAUAUAUAUAUAUAUAUAAUUAUUAAUAUAUUGAUAUAGAUAAAUGUGCAGACCUACACAGACAGACACACAACACUCCAGGCGCCUUUGAACUAUACAGAAUUUUUCAGUAUUAAAGCAGGGUAAUUUUCUGGCAAACUAAAGAGGAACUUAGGGCCAUAUCCACCACGCUGCCACAGCACCGUCUGAGGUAGCAUGUUUAGAACUUUUUGUAUUAUUGACAAACAGAGGAUCUUCUGCGCGAGACUUCAGAAAUGGGAGGCGGAUGUGUGUGCGUGUGUGUUUUUGUACCUUCACAGCCAUGCACGUGUGAAAUUGAGCAUCGUUAUGCGUGGAAAGAGCAACUCUUAUAACGGCAAAUCACUGAUGCCUCACUGUAGCAUGAGACAGGGAGAUGGAGGAGAAACUUAGUUCAUCUAGCCGGUUAGUUAAAGGAAUGUUCUGGGUUCAAAACAGGUUUAGCUUGAAAGUAUCUGUGAUAUGAUGUCGAUUAGCACAGAUGAUAAUUUGAAUGUGUACCUAAAAAAGCAAAAUGUGUUUACAGUAAUGCUCUUGCAAUGGACAUUUAAGGGCCGAGGCAUGUCUUUUUAUUAAAGUGGUUUUAUUAAUUCAUUUGUACAAAAAUCUUUUAUUUAACAUUUAUUUAACAUGUGUUUUUGAAAGAAGUCCCUUAAGCUCACCAAGAUUGCAUUUAUUUGAUCAAAUAUUAA